GAUAACCAGAAUGAUAGCUCGGUUUCCCCCCUUACAUAACAGAAAAGAUGCAUCUUUAAGUGCCAAUGUAAAACAAAUCCUCUCCUUGGGAAUGCUAAAACUAUGAAUAUAUGUGUUGGUUUUUUCUGUCCUAAAAAAAAAGGCAAACAAACAAAUAAUGCUUGCACUGCUAUGUUGUUGGGUGCCAGGUCUUUGCAUCCUCUCCUGACGGCCCCGGGUUACUGAUCUUCUGGGUGAAGAGCUGGGUGCCUGAAGUGGGACGGGCAAAGAGGAGAAACUCUGGCCCCGUCCCGUUCUCCACUUUUAAUGAGCGCUCCGAUCAUGCUGGAGUAAAAGUCCAGGUGGAGCAGUUCAGCGCUUACACACACGCCCGCUGGUCCAAAAUUGCUUUUCAAUGAAAGAGUAAGGAUUCGGGAAAACCAGCGCAGGGAAUUACUUGUUUUUGACGCCUGGAGGACUAUUUUACCUUCGCAGGUUGGGUGGUUAUACAAGGACACCUGGCUGACCUGCUGAACCAGCACACCACCCAUCAUGAUGAGAGCAUCACUCACUGCCAUCUGCCUCGCGCUCCUCCUGUCCUAUGCUUGCUGUGCCAAGCCUAACGGAUCAAAGAACAAGAAACCAAAGCAAGUUGUUCCAGCCAUAGAGUGUGAUGUCAGAGCAGGGAAGAUCAAUCUCCCAGAGUUCAUAGCCAAAUGUCCUGCACACUGUAAGGAGACAAAGCAGCAAGUCUAUGGGACAGGCGUGUUCGCCUCCAUCUCCAGCAUCUGCAAUGCAGCCAUCCACAGUGGCGUCAUCACCAACACAGGAGGAAAGGUGAUAGUGAGGAAGAUGGCCGGGCAGAACAUCUACAAAGGCAGCAACUCCAAUGGAGUGCGCUCUCUGUCUCUACCUAAGUGGAGGGAGUCGUUUGUUGUGUCAGUGGGGAAGCCCAAGAAAGGAGUAAUCUAUCCAUCUACUCUGGACUACGUCCCUUCCCGACCAACCUACGUGAAAACAAGUCAAAGGGAGGCCAAAUCCCCUGCGGUCACCACAGCGCUGCCUACGACAACAGCACCUGAACCCACCACAACUACAACCCCUGAACCCACCACCACCACCACCACACUGGCUCCCACCACCACCACCACUACCACUACACCCCCACCACCACCCUCUACUAUCAAGGCUCGAGCUGCUGUCCAUAAAGUCAGGGAUGCAGGCAGCAGUCACCCAUACCUCGCCUCUGUGGCAGCCGCAAGUUCAAGACAGUCACAGAAUGGUCAAGGAAAGAGUUUCAGCCAAGUAUUCAGAGGAAGUGCCUAUCCGAACAGAUUCCCACAACGUGCCAGUGCAGGUCUGCGUAGACCAGAGGCAGGGUCAGCUAUCAGGAGACAGCCAUCUUCUCCAGUUGGCCCAGCUUUUAACAGGGUUCAGCCAGCCCCACCCGAGCGAACUCCAACCAUGAGCCAGUCCAACCCUGCUUUUCCCAGAAGGGAUUGGGCGCCCCCCUCCUUUCCUCGUUCUGAUUGGUUCCCUGGUGCACGACAACCAGCAGAUGUUAGUUAUGCAGCUCCAGACUCAGGAUACACGUGGAGUGAGACAGACACACCUGAGAUUACAGCUCGGGAUCACAGGCCUGAUAUCUCAGAAUAUGAGCGCUGGUUUUAUAACUUUGGACCGUACCUGCCUCGCUCCACUGACUCAGAUGGCAACCGGAAAGUGCCAUUCGAUACAACCCAUACUAGAGUGGAGCCAGUGGAUGCCUGGAAGCCAGAACCAAACCUUUAUGAAUCAGGCUUCAACAUGAGGGAGCAAGAACCUGUACCCAGAGCACCUGAGCCUGUGUCACAGGGAGACCCAAAUUGUAAGGUGGACCUGGCCUUCCUGAUGGAUGGGAGCUGGAGCAUUGGGAAGAGGCGCUUUAAGAUCCAGAAGGACUUCCUGUCUGAGGUGGCCCAGGCCAUCAAUGUGGGUGUAGCUGGACCCAUGAUGGGCCUCAUUCAAUAUGGGGAUGACCCUGUGACAGAGAUCAGUCUGAAGUCUUACUCCAACUCCAGAGAGGUGAGGUCAGCCAUAGAUAAGGUUGUUCAGAAGGGAGGCCUCUCCAAUGUGGGAAAGGCCCUCACCUACAUCAACAAGCAGUACUUCAGUGAAGCCAGUGGAAAUCGAGGGGGAGCUCCUAACGUGGCUGUGGUGUUGGUGGACGGCUGGCCCACAGACAAGGUGGAGGAGGCAUCUCGGCUCGCUCGGGAGUCUGGCAUCAACAUUUUCUUCGUCACCAUCGAGGGCCCUGAUGACAACGAGAAACAAAACUUGGUUGAGACCAACUUUGUUGACAAGGCUGUGUGUCGUACAAACGGCUUCUUCUCCCUGCCCGUGACCAGCUGGUUUUCUCUGAGGAAGGCUGUGCAGCCCCUGGUGAAGAGAGUGUGUGACACAGACCGCCUGGUGUGCAGCAAAACCUGCCUCAACGCCAACGACAUCGCCUUUGUCAUCGACGGCUCCAGCAGCGUGGGAACUGGCAACUUCCGCACGGUGCUGCAGUUUGUGGCCAACAUCACGCGGGAGUUUGAGAUCUCUGACACCGACACACGGGUCGGAGCUGUCCAGUACACCUACGAGCAGAGGCUGGAGUUUGCCUUCGGCCAGUACAACAACAAGGCCGAGCUACUGAAUGCCAUCAAACGCAUCAACUACUGGAGCGGCGGGACCAGCACUGGUGCUGCCAUCACCUACGCCGCAGAGCAGCUUUUCAGCAAAUCCAAGCCCAACAAACGCAAGAUCAUGAUGGUCAUUACAGAUGGGCGCUCCUACGAUGACGUCAGGGCACCUGCACUGGCUGUCCAUCGCCAAGGUGUGAUCGCCUACUCCAUCGGCAUUGCCUGGGCAGCCCAGGAUGAGCUGGAGUACAUCGCCACAGACCCCGACAAGGAGCACUCCUUCUUCGUGGACGAGUUUGACAACCUCUACAAAUUUGUACCCAAGAUCAUCCACAACAUCUGCCAGGAGUUCAACUCCCAGCCCAGAAACUGAGGGCGGACGGGCGGAGGGGAGGUGUAGAGAGUGACAUUGUGAUCUUGGGCUGUCUUAACAGAGCACUGAUUGUAAAUUUACUCACUCUGUUGCCCAGAUGGCGGUGCUGGAUUGGCUGCAGUGCCCCAUAUUUGAACAGGGAGGGGGUUUGAAUUUAGGUGAGGUGAUUGUGGGUUUGGACAAAACAAAUCUUAAAGUGAAUUAGCAUUCGGCCCCAAAUAUACAGAUGGUGCUAAUGGUAAAGGGUUUGCAUACACAGUGACAUAUUGACAUCUCAUGUACACUGUGGUGCCACUUGUUCUCUGUUGGUGCCAUAAAAAGAACAGAGUAUUCCUAAUCAUUUAAUAAUGGAACUAAUAAGUGUGUGUAAAGGGUUUAUAACUCGUAACAAAGGGUUUUAUUAAUGUUAAUAACUUAUUUACUAAUGCUUUAUAGAUAAGUUAUAAGCUAUUAAUCAGAACAACAUUUGGGUUGCCAGAUUGUGAAAUAUCCCCUUAGAUGGUGUUAAUCCUCCUCUGGCAUGAAACCCCUAUUUGUCUUUUUAGCUUUUUUUAGUUCAUCAUGCAAACCUCUCCAAUGCACCAUUUGACCUCUGACCAUCUGGAAAAGAGCUACAUAACAUGUAGAUCAAAAUUAAUUUGUUAACAACUUUUCAGCGUUCACUAACUGCUGAUUUGAUGGAUUGAAUUUGUAACUGCAAGCUUUUAAAAGUAAGCGACAUGCUGGAGAAGCCAAAGGGAUUUUUCACAACUUUCGCAACCAAAAAGCUGUUCUUCAAUAAAGCAGUAGUAAAUAAUUCAUCAACAUUAAUAAAGCCCUUAAGUACAACUUAUAGAACCUUCAUAAAGGGUGCCUUAUUGGGAAGUGGUACCAAAAUGAUAUAUAAAGCUACCUUACUGGGAUAUGGUCCUUGCAGAGAAAUGUAGAUUUAAAGCAUGCCUAGCACUUCCUUUAAUGGCUUAACCUACUUCAUAAACUUAAUAAUAUGGUGCUUUUUAUAUAAUUCUCUGUAAAGAGGAUAUACUUUCUUAGAAUUUGGUGCAUUUUGAUCUUCCUAAUAGGAGAAAUUUGAUAGUAGGGACAUUGUUAAAGUUCCUCUCAAAGACUAUGGUGCUGUUGGUAUAAGUGGUAGUUGAAAUGAGGCUUAUGUGCAACCAACAAGUGGACGUGAAAGGCAAAACAGCAACACGGAACAAAGAAGUGGACUGAAAUGAGGAAAGAGGAGCUUGUAUAUCUCUGUAUAGAGUGAUGGCAGAUCAUGAAUUUGCUUCUCUGGAAUGAGAGCAAUUCAUCUCAUCACUCGUUUUCUAAUAGUGUGGUUGCUUCUAACAUUGCAGGCAUUUCUCAGUUUUGUUGAAAGAGUAUUUAUGAUUUUCUUCCUGUUUUGUCCUGUUUGUACAUAUGCAUAUUAAAGAUCUUCCGCUAAUAAUGGUCAGAUAAUUGAUCAAUAAUUUUUUUUUGCAAUUUUUAAUAAAAUAAAGAAAAUGAAGAGAACUUAAAA